GUGGCUCCCGGCUCCUUCAGGCCUCGGGCGGGCCCUCGCAAGCGGCCACGUGCUCCCGCCAGUCCCCUGGGCAGCCCCUGCAGCUGCGGCCCCUUGGUGGCCGUGGCCCAGGAGCUGCAGCAUCUGAUGCUGCUGCUCUGGGAUGGCAAGGGGACACGUGCGCCGCUCUACUCGGGGAUGUGGCGGGCGUUGUGGAGGGAACUGGAGGAGCUGGUGAAGCGGGGCCACCUGCCCCGCUGUGGCUCGUCCGGCUCCACGCGAAGCCCCCAUCCCUCGGAGAGGCCUCCCUCCACACCUGGGAGAGCCUCAGCCCUUGCAAGGAUGGCACAGCAGCGGAGAGUCGCCAUCCAUGCAGGGGCCUCAGGCUGUCAGAGAGCCUCCAUCCUGCCAGGAGCCUCUGCUAUCUCUGACAGCCUCCAUCCCUGGCAGAGGCUCAGUGAGACCUGUCAGCCUGCGCAAGGCGCAGAGCCCCUGGACAGGUCUCCCAGCUCCCUUGGACUCCCGGGCGCAAGCCUGACCAUUGAUGUGGCCAGGGAAAGUCCACAAGUCCAAACGGGAGCCCAGCCCGAGGCAGGGGAGCCUUGUCGGGAGCAGCUGGUGGAGCGGCAAGCGUCCUGGAGCCGGCAGUUGCCGGCCCACAGCUGCCCGGACGCUGUGCCGGUUGUGGCAGCUGGCAACAGCCCCAGCCUGGUGGUGGAGACGAGCCUCGAGACACCAAGGGGCUUCCUCCAUCUCCAGGAAGCUGCUCCAAGACGGCCCUCGAGCAGCACCAAGGCCUCCCUAAGAGCAGCUGCUCCUGGCACCCCCCCGUGCCAAACCUCGGGCUGUAGCCCCGGCCGUCCUCGACAGCAGGGGGCAGCACACGACGCCGGGGACAGCGACGGUGCCGCCUUGCCGCCUUGCCGCACCACGCCUCCUGCAGCCGCCUCUGCGCUCUGCCCCGCCCCGUCUGUGCCGCUGGCCAGCCCGACGGCUACCGAUAGGCGGUGGCCGCUGCCCGGCGCGCAGCGGGAAGCAGGGCAAAAGAAGCAGCUGCAGGAGCUGUACCAGCUGGGCCCGCAGCUGGGAAGCGGCGGCUUUGGCACCGUUUUCGCAGGCACCCGCAUCUGGGACGGGAGCCCGGUGGCCAUCAAACGCGUGGCCCGGGAGAGCGUCCUGCAGUGGGACGAGCUGCCCGACGGCACCCGUGUUCCUCUGGAGAUCGUGCUCAUGGAGAAGGUGGGCUCUGGCUGCCGCUCAAUCAUCCAGCUCCUCGACUGGUUUGAGCUGCCUGACAGCUUCCUGCUGGUCAUGGAGCGCCCGGAGGCAUCUCGGGAUCUCCUGCACUUGCUGCUGGAGCAGGAGUUCCUGAGCGAGGAGGUGGCGCGCUGGCUUUUGCGCCAGGUGCUGGAGGCCGUGUGGCACUGCACCGCCUGCGGCGUCCUGCACCGCGACAUCAAGCCGGAGAACCUCCUCGUGGACCCGGAGAGCGGCGAGCUGAAGCUCAUCGACUUCGGUUGCGGCACCUUCCUCCAGGAGCGCGCCUUCACACGAUUUGCCGGAACACGCGUGUACAGCCCACCCGAGUGGAUCGGCCUUGGCUGCUACCACGGCCAUUCGGCCACCGUCUGGUCCCUGGGUGUGCUGCUGUACGAAAUGGUCUGCGGGAGCCUCCCCUUCAGGGACGACCGCGCCAUCGUGUCGGGGCAGCUCGUCUUCCGGCGCCAGGUCUCUCCAGAGUGUGAACAUCUGGUCCGCUGGUGCUUGUCCAAGCACCCCGCCGACAGGCCAGAGCUGGAGCAGAUCUUCUGGCACCCUUGGGUGUGGGGCGGGCAUUUUUGAUGCCUGGCCGGAGCCUGUGUAGCACCUGGUUACAACGUCUCAUGCAGGACCCCAAAAAUAAAACAAGCAGAAUCCC